CUCUCUCUCUCUCACAAUAACCCCGGCCAGCAGUUGUCAGAUUCCGGCCACCUUUUCUCAGCCAUUUAUAUAUACCCCGCGCUUCCCUCUCUCUCCCUUUACCCUUCACAUUAUUUCCUCUUUCCUUCUCUCUUUUGGUUCCACUCGAAACCUGAAACCUCCAAUAUCUAAAUACCCUUUCCUCACACACGUAUCCAUACAUGCCCACAUCUGCAACAGUGUAUGUACUUCGUCUAUGACUCGUGUCACUACUGUUUCUCACACUACAAAACUGAACUGCUACUAGUUUCACUUUCCCUCCCCGCGUACAUUAGCAGCAACCAACCACUGCUAAUCUUUAACCUUUGUGUUCUUUCUUUUGUGUGUGUGUGUCUCAUUCUCUUUCUUUUGGCUUUUGUACCUCUCCAUCGCUUGGUUGUUCGGGACCAUGAAUAGAGCAUUGUUGCCCGAGAUGCUGCACAGUACGGACAUGACAGUGCUUGAGAGACAAAGGGCUCGCUUUAAAUGGCAACAAGAACAACAACAGCAGCAGCAGCAACAGAGUUUUUUUGGUGAUUUGAGUGGGGUGUUUCAGUUGCAGCAACAGCAUCAGGGCUUUCAAGGUGAUCUAGGUGAGGUCGUGACCCGGUCUGUGAAGCCUGACCCUUCUUUGAUGGAUAAUGGCUGGUCUGAUUUGGUGGGGUUUGGCCCUUGUGGAUAUGGGAAUUAUAAUGGGUCCGGUUUUGAUGUCAAUUGCGCUAUUUCUAGUACUUCUAGCUGUCCACCAGCUGUGGUGGCACCUGCGACGAAUGCUAAGGUUCUGGCCGAAGGCAGAGAGCCUGUUUUGUCAGAGAAGUUGAAUUCUGGCGUUGCCAGAGAGUGUUUGAAGAAGAGAAAGGUUGAUAAAGUGCAGAAUAGCACAAAGGUUGUUGCAGAAGAUGACAGCAGGGGCAAAAGGAUCAAAGGAUGUCCAGAGGAUGGAGAGUCAAAGAACACACAAAAAAAUAACAAAAGCAGUAGCACCAGCAAAAACAGUAACAAAGAAAAUUCUGCAGAGACUUCCAAGGAUAAUUCAAAAGUAACUGAGGUUCAAAAGCCAGAUUACAUUCAUGUCCGGGCACGUAGGGGUCAAGCCACCGAUAGCCAUAGCUUAGCUGAAAGAGUCAGAAGGGAAAAAAUUAGCGAGAGAAUGAAGUAUCUGCAAGAUUUGGUGCCAGGAUGCAACAAAAUCACAGGAAAGGCAGGCAUGCUUGACGAAAUCAUUAACUAUGUUCAAUCUCUUCAACGACAAGUAGAGUUCUUGUCCAUGAAACUAGCUGCUGUCAAUCCGAGGCUUGACUUUAACGUUGAUAACUUAUUUGCCAAAGAGCAGGCAUUUCCUGCUUGGGCGACCAAUUUUCCAGCUUCUGGGAUGUCGUCAGAUAUGACUAAUCGUGCCUAUCUUCAAUUUAAUCAAGUACAGCAACAGCAACAACAACAGCUAGUGACAUGUUGCGGAUUGGAUGUGGGGAUAAAUCCUCCUGAUAUGGGGCUUAGAAGAACCAUCAGUUCUCCUCGAUCAAUCCCUGAAAUGUUCCUUGACUCUUCUUGCUUCACUCAUAUUCAGCCCUCAUCAACGUGGGAUGCUGAUCUACAAAAUCUUUACAACGUAGCAUUUGAGCAAGGCACCAUUGAAGCUAGCAAUCUGCUGAAGAUGGAGAUGUGAAUGGGUAUAUCUUGAUUUUAUACCAUUCUUGGAAGAGAGAUUAUUCUAAAAUGCCUUUGAUCCUGAUUCUUUUUCUUCUCUAAGUACAUACCGUAUAUAUUUGUAUGUACACUUGCAAUGACAUAGUAUGAAUAAAAUCAAAGCUAUUAACAUCAAA